UUCUUUGAUUUGUUGCAGGUGUUAAGAAUUGUGAUCCAAAGGGCCCUCUCAUGAUGUACAUCUCCAAAAUGGUCCCCACAUCCGACAAAGGGCGUUUCUAUGCCUUUGGGCGGGUCUUCUCUGGCAUUGUUUCUACAGGCCAGAAAGUGCGAAUAAUGGGACCAAACUAUACCCCAGGGAAAAAGGAAGAUCUCUAUCUGAAGCCCAUUCAGAGAACCAUCUUGAUGAUGGGUCGUUAUGUUGAGCCCAUUGAGGAUGUACCUUGUGGCAACAUUGUUGGUCUAGUUGGUGUUGACCAGUUUUUGGUGAAGACGGGCACUAUUACCACCUUUGAACAUGCCCACAACAUGAGAGUGAUGAAAUUUAGUGUUAGCCCAGUGGUGCGUGUUGCUGUUGAAGCAAAAAACCCUGCCGACCUACCCAAACUAGUGGAAGGUCUAAAGCGUCUCGCCAAGUCUGACCCUAUGGUCCAGGUGAGUGUUAUACGUUUGUGACCUAGAAUGAUUGGU